AUGGCUUUUGAAAAUAGACCUUUUUGUGUCACACAUCUUUUAUUUUGUGAUCUUGUUUGCUAUUUUUAUUUGAAGAAAAUAAAAUGGGGAUGUUUGUUCUUUAAAACCAAAGAUUCCAAAAAAGCAAAAACGGAAGACAAAGUGGAGCCAGAGGAAGGUGGCCAGGCCCCUGAAGAAACCAAAACCAGUGUGGGGAAGCCAGGCGAUGGGGAAGAGGAGAGCGAGGUGCCCAGCCUGCCCCUGGGACUGACAGGGGCUUUCGAGGACACUUCAUUUGCUUCUCUCUCUAAUCUUGUCAAUGAGAACACUCUGCGGGCAAUAAGAGAAAUGGGCUUUACAAACAUGACCGAAAUCCAGCAUAAAAGUGUCAGACCACUCCUGGAGGGCAGGGAUCUUCUGGCAGCUGCAAAAACUGGCAGUGGCAAAACCCUGGCCUUUCUCAUCCCUGCAGUUGAACUCAUUGUUAAGUUAAAGUUCAUGCCCAGGAAUGGAACAGGAGUUCUUAUUCUCUCCCCUACUAGGGAACUGGCCAUGCAGACUUUCGGUGUUCUUAAAGAGCUGAUGACACACCACGUUCACACAUACGGGUUGAUAAUGGGCGGCAGCAACAGGUCUGCUGAGGCACAGAAGCUUGCUAAUGGGAUCAACAUCAUUGUGGCCACACCAGGCCGUCUCCUGGACCAUAUGCAGAAUACUCCAGGGUUUAUGUAUAAAAACCUGCAGUGUCUGGUUAUUGAUGAGGCUGAUCGUAUCUUGGAUGUUGGGUUUGAAGAGGAGUUAAAGCAAAUUAUUAAACUUCUGCCAACACGCAGGCAGACCAUGCUCUUUUCUGCCACCCAAACUCGAAGAGUUGAGGACCUGGCGAGGAUUUCUCUGAAAAAGGAGCCAUUGUAUGUUGGUGUCGAUGAUGAUAAAACUAAUGCAACAGUGGAUGGUCUUGAGCAGGGAUAUGUUGUUUGUCCUUCCGAGAAAAGAUUCCUCCUGCUCUUCACAUUCCUUAAGAAGAACCGGAAGAAGAAACUCAUGGUCUUCUUCUCAUCUUGUAUGUCCGUGAAAUACCACUAUGAGUUGCUGAACUACAUUGAUUUGCCUGUCUUGGCCAUUCAUGGAAGGCAGAAGCAAAAUAAGCGUACAACCACAUUCUUCCAGUUCUGCAACGCGGAUACGGGGAUAUUGUUGUGCACGGACGUGGCAGCUAGAGGGCUGGACAUUCCCGAAGUCGACUGGAUUGUUCAGUAUGACCCUCCAGAUGACCCCAAGGAAUACAUUCAUCGAUGGGAAGAACUGCCAGGGGCCUAA